AUGGACCCGGCCUCGCUUCCCUUUCCAUCGCCACAUCCCCGCCUUCAUGGCCAGCCCACGCCGCACCACUUUCGCAUUCCGACCCUACCAUCGCAAUCGAAUCUCGACCUCGGCCCGCUCGACGCGACUGAAGCGACCCUCGAACACCAUCUCCAGCGUCUUCAAGCCAUUCCGAACAUGCCCAUCGGUCCCUCCGACUUUGGUCAACACCACCAACACCAUCCACUCCAACACCAGCCCCUUCCUCCCCUUCCUCAGUCCACAUCCGAUCUCCAAGGGGUGCCUCACCAUCGUGCGCUGCCGCCACCACCACCACUUCCUCCGCCUGCUCACUCCGCGCCUCCAACCCAUAGUCAAUUCGCCAUCUUGACGCCGAACCUUUCCAGUUCCCAGCCAGCUGCUAUACCCCAGAUUCUGGCAGAUGAGGACGUGUUUGCGCCGCCGCCCCACGUCCCUUCCUCGGCCCUCGAGUCCUCGGAACAUAAGGCACAUGGACAGUUAGUCAAUAGGAUAGUUACCAACCCGCCAGACCUCAAAGCGUGGCGCGAAAGGCUGUUCAAUGUCGACGACACCAUCACUUUGACCAAUGACCAAUUCGAGACUUAUUUCCCCCAUAUUGACAACGUGUACUCUCAUCGCUCUACUCAGAAGUACAAGCGCAAGCCCUUCAUCUCCCACUACUGGGACUGUCGCAUGAAAGGACGCCCGCCAGGUACACCCAAGUCAGAAGACCCCUCCAAGAAGAAGCGGAAACGCUUCGCGCGCGAGAGGGAUCUUUGCGAUGUCAAGAUCAAGAUUACCGAGCACUUCCCAGGUUCUGCAUUUUCUCCAGACGGAGAAAGCAUCCCCGGGGGUCCUCAGUCGAGUCCAUAUCAGCCACCACCCCAGGCUUUCUCUGACGGCUUGUCUAGACCACCAAAUGGUUACGUACAGGGCGAGAAGUACUGGACCAUACAAAGAGUCAAUGGCAAUGGCGGGAACGGGAAGGCUGAUGGUGUAGCCGGCCCGCAUAAACACACUUUGGAGAAGAGCGAUGAGAUCAAGAAGUCCAGUGUGCAGAGGUUUGUUGCCACGCAGGGAAAGGAGUCCAAGAAAAUACAGAAACCCACACCAAAGAGGCCCUCUGGUGAUGCACUGGCCACGGCAAGGAAGCAUUUGAGGGAUCACGAAUUAAAGCUCUAUGCGGCUAGUUUCUGCCCCUUCUCUCAGCGAGUAUGGAUUGCGCUCGAGGCAAAGGGCAUGCAAUAUCAGUAUUGUGAGAUUGAUCCUUUCACGCGACCAACUCAACUGCUGGAGGCAAAUCCCCGAGGAUUGGUCCCAGCGAUACGUCAAGGCGAUUGGGCUAGCGGUGAAAGUACUAUCAUCCUGGAAUAUGUGAGUUAUCAGUCUUCGGCUCGCAUGGCUUUCCCUGGCGGUGACUCACGAGUAAUAGCUUGA